AUGGUCUUUAGAAAGCCAAUUGAUGAGUGGAGCUCUGUUGUCCAGAAACAAGUAGAAUAUAAUAAAAUCAGAGAGCAGGAAGAAAAAGCUAGACUUGCACAAGAAAAAAAUGAACUCAAAAGAGAUCUUGAAUUCCAAAAACAGUUGCAGGAUCUACAACGGCAAAGAGAGCAAGAAGCCAGAAACCGAGAGGCGUUAGAGGUCCAAAGGCGUGCAGAAUUAUUUAAAGAGCAAGAUCAAGCUAAAAGAGUCCAAGAAACCGUUUUUAAGAAACAGAUGGCAGAAGAUCUUAUGAAUCAUCAAGCUUAUCUAAGGCAAAAAGAACAGCUAGAAAGGCAAAGAAAAUACGAAGAAGAACAAGAACAUCUAAACCGGGUUAAAGCCCAAAUGGAAGAAGAGGAAAGGCGCCGUAAAGAGCAACGUGAUAGACUAGCCAUGGAACAACAAAUGAUGAAGCAAUAUAAAGACCAACAAGAAGAAAUGCGCAGAGCCCAAGCUUUUAACGAAAAAAUGUACGAAGUAGAGCUGCAAAGGCAAUAUAAAGAAAGAGAAGAAAGGAAAGAAAAAGAAUAUCGCGAUUAUUAUGCCAGACUUAGUGAAGACCAAAUGAACAAAGGAACAAGGUUCAACCAGUCUGUAGGAGCACAAAUAAACCAAAAAAAUUUCGAAAUUAAUGAAUGAAUUAGCAAAAAUGUCCAGGAACACCAACAAUUUUUAGCAAAAAAAGAAGAAUACGAAAGACAGUUACGUGACACAAAUUUAAGAAAUGUUAAUGAAACAUUAAAAGCACAAAACGAAGAAAGAGAAAGAAUUAGGCAAAUGCAGAUGGAAGAAAGCAGAAGAAUUGCAGAAGAAGUUCAAAGGAAAAUUGACGAAACCAGAAGACAAGAAAUAGAAAGAGAAAACCAAAAAAGAAUGCAGCAGCAGAUGUAUAGAGAACAGCUAGCAGUCCAAGCACAAAUUACGAAUGAUGUAAGAAUGAGCCAAUAUAAGCUUUCUGAACAUGAAAAAUUGAUGAAUAAGCAUGUUCUAGGAGAAGAUGUGUCUAUAGGGAAAAUUAACGAAAACUCGCCAAGUAGAUCACAGUUCCAAAGAGGAGCAGCAGAAAUAUUAAAAUCUGGAGACCAGCAGAGAUUUGCUUCAUAUGAAGAAAAUGCAAAAAACUUCUAUGGAGACCAAUCUCCUGGAAGUAGGCAAAAUCAAUAUGCAAGUCCAAAAAAGCAGGAUGGAUUUAGAAAUCCUAUAACAGGUGCUGGAAUUAACCCUGCGAUGAGCCAAGGAAUUAGACCUUUCGCAAAUGUGAACUUAAGAUAA